CUUGAAGUGGCGCGUUUUGCACAUUAGUGUCAGACUGUGGUAUUUUGUUGGUUGUGGUCAAAUUCCGGUAUAUUUCUGUAAAUGAGAUAUGAAGUGCUCUUUGUUCUGUCUAUAUUAGUAAAAUAACCACAUAAUUUAGAGAUCAGCUAUUUAUUGAAUGAUUAUGUCUAUCUUCGCAAAUCAUGAUGCCAUUCAUAUGAAUCAUGGAGUCUCAGACGAAUCCGUUUUAUAUACACAUUCGUAUUUAAUUCCUCCACUAAAUCAACUGGAAAAUGAUAUUCUUAAAUCAGAUCCGGAUAUUCUUACAUGUGUACAGUCUAAUAGGUCUCAUUCACCUAGUCAGCAAAUAUAUGAUAUGCUCGAUAGUACAGUUCUUUCUGAUAAUCCAAUCCAAACCAUAGCUAAUUCUUCAUGCAAAUCUCAAAUCUCACUAAAAUCCAGUUCUUGCGACACAAGUAACGCCAAUUUAAAUGUCGAUAUAAAGCCCUCUUUCAUUUAUACUGAUCAUCCUCAAAUAAUUAACCAAUCCUUCUUAACAGAUCUACACAAUCAUACUGAUAUUCAUACGGUUACUUCGGAUAUCAACCCUAAUCUGUGUCCCAUAGAUGAUUCAAUUAACAGUGCUCAUCUUCAAGAACUUGUUUAUAACACACCUCAAAAAAUUCAUCAUAUGUUGCCUCCCGAUGGUCACCAACACACUGUGUACCCUGAUAAUGUAGUAUCAGAACCAUUCACUUGUCUGCUUGCUUCUGGAAAUUCAAACGAAACCUCCACAUCUUAUUUACCCCAAGUUACAAAAGUUGAGACUAGUUCUUCUCUUACCGUUUCUCAGUCUCCAACGUUGUUGUUUGUCGAGCAUAAUAAGACAAAACCUGAGGGUAGAGAAUGUUUCCUUACACAAAUUCCUUCCGAAUUGGCUAGUCAGUCUUCAUCAGCUACUUCUGUAAAUACAACUAAUUUGAAUCCAAUUUGUGUAAUUUGUGGUGAUAAAGCCAGUGGUAAACAUUAUGGUGUGAUUUCAUGCGAAGGAUGUAAGGGAUUUUUUAAACGAACAGUGCGUAAACAAUUAGUAUAUGUUUGUCGGGAAUCAGGUCAAUGUCCUGUAGACCGACGGAAGCGUACACGUUGUCAGCAUUGCCGUUUCGAGCAGUGCUUAGCAAAGGGAAUGAAGAAGGAAGCUGUUCAAGAAGAGCGUCAUCGUCAACCAUCAUCAAAUCCAGUGCCUUCAAUUUCUAAGCCGCCAAAGAGUGAAAAGAAAGGUCCUGGGCGUCGUUCAGCAUUUAGUAACAAAUCUGCUGACUCAAUUGUCACUGAUCAACAUCCGAACAUUAAUCAUGAUUCGACACCUAGUAUUUCUACAACCGUUACUACUACUGACUGUGUACAAUCUAAUCAAGUCAAGUCAGAAAGUUCAACUACCUGUAUUCAAUCUAAUGAUGUACUGUUAUCCGACGAAACAGAUCUGCCUAAUUUAACAUUACGAUGUUUACUUUCGGCUGAAUUAAGUAUGGAUCCUAAAUUGGCUGUAUCAGAAAGAGGCGAAGCAAUUUAUGAAGAUAUACCUGGUGAUGAUGAUACUGGUUUACAUCCAUUGACUAUAAUCUGUCAGUCUAUUGAACAACAAUUACCUCGAAUAGUUAAUUGGGCACGUCAGUUACCAGUAUUUUCAUCUGCUUAUCUUAGUUUUGAUGAUCAGUUCUGUUUAAUAAAAGCUGCUUGGCCUGAAUUAGUUCUAAUCAGUUCAGCAUAUCAUUCAACUGUUAUUAGAGAUGGUCUGCUUUUAUCAAUUGGACGUCAUCUUGGUAGAGAGGUGGCUAAAUCACAUGGUCUAGGCCCUCUUGUUGAUAGAAUUCUUCACGAACUUGUUGCACGUUUUCGUGAUUUAUCGUUACAAAGAACUGAAUUAGCUUUACUACGUGCUAUUAUUCUUUUUAAUCCUGAUGCUAAUGGCUUAUCAUCACGUCAUCGUGUAGAAGCUGUCAGGGAGCAGCUUUAUUCAGCUCUCCAUUCGUAUUGUACAACUAAUCAACCCCAAGAUACUUCCCGUUUCACAAAAUUACUACUAAGAUUACCUCCUUUACGAUCCAUCGCAUACAAGUGCCUUGAACAUUUAGUAUUUGUCAAAUUGGCAGCUGAAGACCCAACAAGUUGUCGUUUGAUCAAUCUUGUUGAACAUGGUGUUUGGCCCAUACAAGAGAAAAGCUUUGAAAUUGCAACGUUACCAUCCGAUAGUGCAUCUACGGACUCAGUGCCAAGUCAAAUUACUAUGGUCCCUACUCCUCAGUACAUUCAACAUCAAGAUGAUAAUUCACUACCAACCAGUAGUCAUUCUGAUCUCUCCUACACACACACAUUGCCAAAUUUUCAUACAGUUCAGAAUUAUCCGUUUUGAAAAUACAACUAUUAAAGGCAGGAGUCAACAGCUAGAAAUUUUCUUAAGCUCUCACAAUGAUAUAUAUCAGAUCUCAUGUUAUGCCUAUCAACUACUGCCUCAUCAUCAUUAUAUAUGAUUAUUAUUUUUAUUGAAUGAUUUUUCGAUCAAUUGUCUUUUCCAUUCUUUUUGUUUCCUUUUUGUAGUCAGUUUAGGAAAUGAAAUAUUUCCAAUAUUUAAAUUUGUGUGUAUGUAUAUCUUACAACUAAAAAGGUAGUUACGUAAAUAAAUGAGUGUUUCUCGAUACUCACAUGACCAUUAUGAAUUCCAUUCAUGGCUUUUUAUUCUUUGCCUGAAACCUGUUGCUCACUUUGAGAAAAAAGUUUGCUUGUUAAUUUUUUUCUAAUACUCAAGAUUGUUAGUUCAUGAUUGUUGAUUUUGUAUAGUUCUCAUAUGCUUGUAUAUAUAUAUUUAUAUAUAUGUAUGUAUAUUUUUUUAAAGAGUUGUUUUAAUGCGA